GCUUGGCAUCGUACACGCAGUGAGCGUAAAAGGCGGGAAAUACGCCUGACAGAAAGGCUGUCGGAAUCAGUGACAGAGGUCAGCACCAUUGCAGUCGUUGGUGAAGCCGGUUUGUGGCGGUGCUGUCGCGUCAAAGUGGCACGUACACAAGCACAAACUUGCCAACCCUCCAACACGACCGUGACAUGCCCCCAAAGACGUCCACAUCGACCAAGGACACUAGGCCAUUGCCGCUCAGCGACACCCUGCAUGAUCUAGCCCUCCUACGUGUGUCAAGUGUAGAUCUAUCAGUCCUUGUCCCGUCAUCUUCAGAUACGACGUCGACAGAUGCAGAUGUUAGUCUAUCAGUCCAGCGGUCGCAUGAUUACAUCCAGUCAGCGCGGUCAGCUUUGAAGCUGCAAGACAUGGGGGUUGUAGAUGCUGAGGGAAAGCGAUUAGAUGCUCUAAGGAUCCAAAUAGAUGAACUAUCCCGUGGGCUGAAGGAGUAAUUGUGAGCAAUAUUUCCCAUGAUGUUACAUAUACACUUCACGGGAGCUUGUAGGUUUAUA